AUGCUCAGGCUUAAUGUGUACUGCUCUUUAGUGCCUGGUCCAAGACAAGUGAAAAUUGGAAGCAACUUUGCUUCAUUGGUGAAUCAUCGUUACCAUGGUGGAGCACAUAGGGUGCCUCUGAGGAUCAGGAUCAGUUCAAAGGCCAUAAAAGAUGAGAUGGAUGGUGGCACAAGCGGGUUACCCAGUCCGAGCUGGGACCCCGGGCUGGAAUUUGAGGUCCCUUUUGAGCAAAGGCCGGUGAAUGAGUACUCAUCCUUGAAGGAUGGCAUUUUAUAUUCGUGGGGCGAACUGAGUCCACGAUCCUUUUUCCUACGUCUUGGAGGUCUUUGGUUAGUGACUUUUACAACUCUCGGAGUUCCUAUUGCAGCUGCAAGCUUCAAUCCUUCAAAGGAACCUCUACGGUUUGUGCUAGCAGCUGGAACAGGGACUCUUUUUAUUGUGUCACUAAUUGUCCUGAGAAUUUAUCUGGGAUGGAGUUAUGUUGGUGACAGACUUCUAUCAGCUGUCAUUCCAUAUGAGGAGACGGGGUGGUAUGAUGGACAAAUGUGGGUAAAGCCACCUGAGAUCCUGGCUCGUGACAGGUUGUUGGGCUCGUAUAAGGUCAAACCAGUUGUGCAAUUGCUGAAACAAACACUAGUUGGAACAGGGGUGUUACUAGUUAGUGCAGUCUUCUUGUUUAUCUUUGCUACCCCAGUAGAGGACUUCAUUCAGAACAGUUUUGGCACAAAAGCAAAUUCAUCCAAUGUAUCAGCUUCAAAGAUCAGCACAAAAUUUAAUCUAAGAAAAGAGGAGCUACUAAGGUUGCCAGCGGAAGUGAAGGCUGAUGAUGAUCUAGCAGCAGCUGCUGCUGAAGCUGCUGACGGAAGGCCAGUCUACUGCAGAGAUAGGUUUUACCGUGCCUUAGCAGGUGGCCAGUACUGCAAAUGGGAAGACCUACUUAAAUAGACAAGAACAGGAAAAGGCACAGACCAUGCUCAUGUUCAAGUUACCUGUAUGAUUUUUACUUCUACUUGAUAGGGAAAAGCAAGUUCAAUAAUUAUUUCUCAUUUCAAGGAAUCAA